AUGGAAAAGCAGGGCGAGGUAGCGCACGCGUGCGUAGAGGAGCAGGAGCGAACGCUCCCGAAGAAAAAGUACAGCAAUUUGGUGAAGAUAAACAAACAGGAAAUAGAAGGACGCGAAAAUAAAAAUGACUUGCUGUUAGAAAAGAAGGAAGAGAGGAGAGGAGGUGUGGAGUUGUUCCCAGUCAUGGUGGAGGAAACGCCUUCCCUUGAGUUGAAGAAGCUUCGAGAGGGUAUAUGUAAUUUUGAGGAUGGAGCGGACGACGUUAUGAUGAGCCUAUGCAUGAGUAAAACUCCGUGCAAAAGGUAUGACGAUGAUAUGCUGUGUGAGAGCACCAACAAGUAUGUAAAAACUUAUAGCAGCAAGAAGAGAGUUUAUACACCUAGAAAAGGGAAUAGGGGUAAUUUGUUUCAAUUUGAAAAUGAGGAAAGGGACAGAGCUUCCAUGUUUAGUACUCCCAAAAGGAAGUAUACAAAUAAGAGGAAGAUGAAUGAAAUGUUGAAGCAUCUUGAUAGUGAUGAAGUCACGAACAGGAGUGUGAUGAAGAGAAGAAAAAAAAAAAAAAAAAAGUCCAUUUAUGAUGAGCUGGUCUACUUGUAUACCCCUCGCAGGGAGAGAAGCAAUUAUGGCGCAAAUGUAUUGGACAGAGAAAAUGGGGUGGACUCUGUCAAUACGAUCAAUCUGGCCGAUGCAGAGUAUUUAGCCACCGCCGCUGCUGCAGCAGACAAGUGGCAAAUGCAACAGGCGAACAUGCAAGAGUUGCCAGAGUACAUAAGGAAUGAAUACAUUUCAUACUUAUGUAGCCCUUUGAAGAGAAGCGAGCGGUUGAUAAAAUCGAGGAUAAAUAAAAUGCUAAACGAAAACGUAGGGCAAGAGAAACAAGCGAAUUGUGAAGGAACAGAAAGAGACAUGAAUAGCAACAACACGACGAUCUACACGUCCAGCUACUCAGCAUUAUCAAGGAGUGAAUAUAUGCAUUGCGAUUUUGAACCAGAAGAAGAAGAAAAGUGCUGGGAUGAUUAUUACACACAAGGAAACGACAAAAUAAAACCAUUCACAGGAAUAUCAACAGAGCUAGCUGUGGAUAUGAUAACAGAGUUAUUAAGAUCAAAGGUGAGGAAAAUCGUUGUGGAUGAAAAGGAAUAUUUUUCUCCCAUUACAGAACAUGAUACCGUUAUGGAGAUAGGGCAUGGAAAUCAUCCACUGGCUGUUCAGAUGUUUGAGAAGUGGGGUACAGUUGGAAGGUACAUGGGAGUAGAGUUUAGUGGGUUGGCUAGUAGGGAAGCUUUAAAAUGUGAAAAAUUGAAAAAACUUUUUUUGAAGAGAAAAGUUGAAUUCGUAAAAAUAUUAAGCAUGAAAUAUUUUAAAGAAGAUUAUUUAAAUGGUCUCGUAGUUCAGUCAAAUAUCUCCCCCUGCAAUACCAAGACAGACUUUGUAAAAAUGAAUAGCUUUAAAUAUAUUUUUGCAAAAAGUACCUUAGAUUAUAUUACGUGUAGAAUGGAUAAUAUUGGAAAUAGUUGUGACUGGGAAGAGGAUUUGCAAAUAUCUCCUUCCGUCGUGGACAUGUUUGAUAGUCUGGCAGACUCUUUACAGAAUUCUAAAAGUAAUAGCAACAGAUGUAACUCUUGUAUCAUUUUUGUUGAACCCAGUAAUUCUUCCAAAUUCCGAGAUCACCUUUUGACCAUAUUUAAGGCCAUUUAUACAGCCACUUUUAAGUACAGUAGUGCGGCAAAAUUUUUGCGCCUCAGCAAAAUUACCAACAGCCCAAAGGCUUGUGGCUAUAUGAUUGAGAAGAGGAAUGAGGUGUAUCGGGACUUUGAGGAAAUCAGACAGGAGUUCCUCAGGCUUAUCAUUAAGGCCUGUGUCACGAAGAACGUGGACGAGGUCGACUGGUACUUGCCGAGUGAGGCACCUAAGAAGUGGGUCAGUAGCAACCCCGCCGAUAUCGAGUACCUCGUCAAGCUGGACUGCCACAGCUUCUGA